AUGAAUGACUUCCACCUGGAUCUUAGCCCCCUCAAGGAGCCGUUGGGUUUCAUCAAGCUCCUUGAAUGGCUUUUUUCUAUCUGUGUGUUUGGAACAUGUGGCAGCUAUAGUGGGGUAACCACAAUACUAGUUUCCUGUGGAGAGCUUGUGAACAGAACAGUUACUGCUGCUUUUGCUUAUCCUUUCAGACUGAAUGAAGUUAAAUUCACUUCUCCAGAUCCAACUCAAUGUGGAGGCACUUGGGCUGACUUCUACCUUGUGGGCAACUUCUCCACAACUGCACAGUUCUUUGUAACACUGGCUGUGUUAAUAUUCUUGUACUGCAUGGCAGCUCUUGUGCUCUAUCUUGGUUAUAUGCACUUGUAUCAGAAUAUUGGUACACUUCCAAUGAUGGAUUAUUUCUUCACUCUCUGUGCUGCUUUCCUGUGGUUGGUCAGCACUGCUGCCUGGGCAAAGGCCCUUGUGGAUAUCAAAGUGUCGACUGGUCCCCGCAUUGUCGGAGAAAUGUCUUCUUGCAAACUACCAGGCUCUUCCUGUGUCUUUGCUUCUGUUACCAGCAUGAAAAGUUUAAAUGUGUCUGUGGUGUUUGGCUUGGUCAACAUGAUUCUGUGGGGAGGAAAUGCUUGGUUUGUACAUAAAGAAACAAGCCUGCAUAAGCCAAGUAAUAAUUCCCCAAACUCCGGUCUGUAUCCACCUGCAUCGGGAAUCUAA